GCGAGAGAGAGAGAGACCAAAACGAUAGCGAGGGCAAAGAGAGAAGAGAGAAGAGGGCUUUCGCGACGCCAUUGCUAGGGUUUUCGAUCCUUCAUCGAGCUUUUAGCAAUCAUCUCUCCUCUUCAUACGCUUCUCUUCUUCUUCUUCUUCUUCUUCUUCUUCUUUUUAAGGUACGUGUUGUCAUCUACCCGUUGUCGGCGCCGUGGCGUGGGGUGUUCUUUCUUGGCGCGUGAGUUUGGGUCCCGGAGCGUGGGCGAUGGGGGAGCAGGGGAAGGCUAAUGGUUCUAUUAAUUCGAUGCAGCGUGUAAAGGUGUACCAAUUGAAACAUGAUGGAAAAUGGGAUGACAAGGGAACUGGACAUGUUUCUGUCGAUUAUUUAGAGAGAUCAGAGGAUUUAGGAUUGAUUGUGAUUGAUGAGGAAGAUCAUAAUACCUUAAUUUCUCAUCGCAUCUCUUCAGAUGAGAUAUACAGAAAGCAAGAAGACACAAUCAUUUCAUGGCGAGAUCCAGAGCUCUCGACAGAGGUGGCUCUUAGCUUUCAGGAGCCUACGGGGUGCUCAUACAUAUGGGAUCAUAUCUGUGGGGUGCAGAGAAAUUUGCAUUUUAAUACUCUUAGUAAUCUUGAGGUUGGCCCUCGUCCAACAAUGGAAACUUUUGACUCUGUUGGUCGCUCACAUUCAAAUGAUGAACCAUUUCAUGCUGUUAACAGUGAACUGCAAGAGCUACCAUCUGUAGAACUAUCAACUCUUCCUUUAAUUUUGAAGACUCUUCUUGAAUGUGGGGUCACAGAUCCAUUGCGUGUGGCUGACCUAAUAUUGCAAGAUCUAGAAUUUUUCCCCAAGCUAGUUGAUUUAUUUAGGAUGUGUGAGGACUCAGAAAAUAUGGAUGGCCUACACAUGAUAUUUAGAUUGGUGAAGGCAAUAAGAAUGUGUUGGUUCAAAGUAGACUUACAUUUUGCACUUCCAGCCUUCCAGGAUUUUGUGGGGCAGAUUUUACUCUACUUCUCCCGCCUUGGUUAUACAGAUGACCCCGACAUCCCUCAAGUGCAAAAUCAUCGGUCUUUCUUAAAGGAGCAUGCGAUUUUCAAGGAGGCUAUCCCUAUUAAAGAUCCUUUGGUAUUGUCAAAGAUUCAUCAAACCUAUCGAAUUGGGUAUAUAAAGGAUGUUAUUUUGCCAAGAGUAUUGGAUGAGGCAACUAUUGCAAGUCUCAGUGCCAUCAUUCAAGCAAAUAAUGCUACUGUUGUUUUGUUGCUAAAAGAUGAUACUUCCUUUAUUCAAGAAUUAUUUGCAAGGAUGAAAUCACCCUCCAUAUCUGAUGAAUCAAAGAGAAACUUGGUGUUGUUUUUCCAUGAAUUUUGUGCUUUAAGCAAGAGUUUGGCACUUGGACAGCAGAUGCGGCUAUUUCGAGACCUUGCUAGUGAAGGUGUAUUUGACAUCAUUACAAGCAUGUUGCAGAGCCAGGAUAGGAAGCUUGUGUCAAUUGGGACAGAUCUCCUUUUACUUUUCCUCAACCAAGAUCCUAACCUUCUGAGGUCGUAUGUUAUUCAACCUGAAGGGAAUGCGCUUCUUGGACUUUUGGUUAAAGGUUUAGUCACAGACUUUGGUGAGGAUAUGCAUUGUCAAUUUCUUGAAAUUGUACGGAUUUUGUUGGACUCCCACACGUUGUCCGGAUCACAGUCGUUUCAGAGGGAUACCAUCAUAGAUAUAUUCUAUGAAAAACAUCUGGAUCAGUUAAUAGAUGUCAUAACAUCAUCCUGUCCCUCAACAAGUAUUUCACACAAAAGCUCCAAAUCAGUCUCUUCUAGUAGAAGACUAAACGCUCGUGGUGUUACAAAGCCUGAAAUUUUAUUGAACAUCUGUGAACUGCUGUGCUUUUGUGUGCUUCACCACCCUUACAGAAUAAAGUGCAACUUUCUUAUGAAUAAUGUUAUAGAGAAAGUGUUGCUCCUGACACGUAGAAGAGAGAAGUUUCUCGUAGUGGCAGCCAUUCGAUUUAUGCGAGCCAUUGUCUCCCGUAAUGAUGAUCAUCUAUUUCGUCAUAUUGUCAAAAACAACCUUCUGAAACCAAUUAUAGACAGUUUUAUUGGGAAUGGCAGUCGAUAUAAUAUGCUGCAUUCAGGUGUUCUAGAGCUUCUUGAGUACAUUCGCAAGGAAAACAUCAAGAUCCUCAUCCUGUAUGUAGUUGACACUUUCUGGGUUCAACUCAUGAGGUUUGAGCAUUUAGGGUCUAUUCAAGGACUUAGAGUUAAAUAUGAGCAGACCCUUGAGAGUUGUGACAUCAAGAACGGUCCAAAUGUAACAGACCCCAGAAAAAGGAUUGAUGAACGGGCUCUUGAAAAGGAAGAAGAAGAUUACUUCAAUGAGGACAGUGAUGAAGAAGAUUCAACUACUGCUCAUUCAUCUCGCACAUGGGACCAACGCACCCGUACUAGUUUGCCCAAUGGAAAUAAGGCUAACUAUUCGUCUUUAAGGCCUGCAUCUGGUGGUCUUGUGGACUACGAAGAUGAUGAUGACGAGGAUGAUGAUUACAACCCUCCUCCUAGAAAGCCUGAAGCAUCUGGAGGAGAUGACAGAGAAUCUACGAAGUCAAAACGUAAAUUAACUUCCAAGGCUGAUUGCGAAGACAAGGAUUUUGAGAUUGGCAAGAAACGUAGACUGGACCAGAAUUUUAGUGACAGCAAUAAUGUUUCCCCUCCUGCUGGCUCCCUUUGCACUGACAUUGAUUUUCCAAAUAAUACUCAGUUGUGUGAUGCAACUCUAACCACAGAAAACGACGACCGUUUACACGAGAACAGAGGUGACGAUGAAGAAAGCCCAAGUUCACAAAAUUGUCAUGAAAGUCAACCUGAAGCUGCAGAUAUGAGACAAUCAAGUAGUGAUGAUUGUCCAUUGGCAGCACCAAUGAACAAUUCUUCACCUGAUAUGGUUGUGAACGGUGCUAGUUCAGAGCCGUAUUCUGUGAGAUAACGCCGCAUCGUCUUACCUGCUGUAUUUAUCUGUGGGAGAGUCAGCGCUAACAAUACUGACUGUUCGGCGGAAAGGGUUAUAUGGCCGGCACCCGGACUGAAAAUGUCAAUGUUUAUCAGCUCAGACCUGUGCCAGUCUCAGCAAUGCAUGACCAACAAGCAAAAGUAUGAUCUUCUUUAAGAGUGGGUUGGCCCACAAUUAGCUUAAGAAGUGGUAUCUACAGUUAUAUGUUAAACAAUCCAGUAUGAUUCUCCAUAUUUUUAUGUGUGCAAUGACAUGAGCACCACUUCUGCUGCUAUUUUUUAAUUUCAAAAAUUUUGUGUUGCUAGUUUUUAGCUUAAAUCUGUGGAAAAACACAGAGCAAGACUUUUUCUUUUUAUCACAAAUAACCCCCAGGACUUGUAUUUCAUUCUAUAUAUAUAGACAGUUUUUGAUGCAAA